CCAGGGGACUGGAGGGACGCUCUGAGCAUGUGCAGAGCUGUUUGGCGGCGGCUGCCUGGGCCAGAGGCUGGGGCCCGGUGCUGAUGCCAACAGCCGGCUCGGCCUCUGUCCCAGCGUGGUCGGCGCCCCGGGCCCGGGUGGCAGGGAAGGAGCCAUAGUCUCUCCGCGGCUGGAGGAGCGGGCGCGGCGGCGCGCACCACCCCGGCGGCCGCGGAGCCUUCGGGGCCCACGAUGAUGGCGGAGCAGGUGAAAUGCGCCUCGGCAGGGGGCGGCUCCGGAGCGGGCUCCGGGCCGGUGGUGAACGCGGAGCUGGAGGUGAAGAAGCUGCAGGAGCUAGUGCGCAAGCUGGAGAAGCAGAACGAGCAGCUGCGGAGCCGGGCGGCCAGCGCGGCCGCCGCCCCGCACCUGCUGCUACUGCCGCCGCCGCCGCCCGCCGCGCCGCCCCCCGCCGGGGCCUGCAGCCCGUUGGGUCCGCGGAGCCCCCCGGCCGCCGCCGCCGCCGCCUCGGGGGGUCUGGGGCUCGGGCUGGCGUUGGGCGGCGGCGGCGGCGGCAGCGGCAGCUCCAGCUCCAGCUCCAGCCCCGCGUUCUCGGGGACCUACUGCCUGCCCAGCCCGGCGCCCUCCCUGCUCUGCAGCCUGGCGCAGCCCCCCGAGGCGCCCUUCGUCUACUUCAAGCCGGCGGCGGGCUUCUUCGGCGCGGGCGGCGGCGGGCCGGAGCCGGGGGGCGCGGGGACGCCGCCGGGGGGAGCCGCCGCGCCGCCCUCGCCGCCCCCCACGCUGCUGGACGAGGUGGAGCCGCUGGACCUGGAGAGCGUAGCCGCCUGGCGGGACGAGGACGACUACACCUGGUUAUACGUUGGCUCUUCAAAGACAUUCACAUCAUCAGAGAAAUCCCUGAGCCCUUUGCAGUGGUGUAGACACGUCCUAGAUAACCCGACUCCGGAGAUGGAAGCAGCAAGGCGUUCCCUGUGCUUUAGACUGGAGCAAGGUCACAGCUCCAGGGGCUCCCCUCUCAGCCCCCAGUCCUCUAUAGACAGUGAGCUGAGUACUUCGGAAUUGGAAGAUGAUUCUAUCUCCAUGGGAUAUAAGUUACAGGAUCUCACGGACGUUCAGAUCAUGGCUCGUCUCCAAGAAGAGAGUCUCAGGCAAGAUUACGCUUCCACAUCAGCAUCUGUGUCCAGACAUAGCUCCAGUGUGUCACUGAGUUCAGGAAAAAAAGGGACGUGUAGCGAUCAAGAGUAUGACCGCUUCAGUCUGGAGGACGAGGAAGAAUUUGAUCAUUUGCCACCACCGCAGCCUCGUCUUCCAAGAUGUUCACCUUUCCAAAGAGGCAUUCCCCACUCACAGACUUUCUCCAGCAUUCGGGAGUGUAGGAGGAGCCCCAGUUCCCAGUAUUUUCCUUCAAGUAAUUACCAGCAGCAACAGUAUUACUCACCUCAAGCCCAAACUCCAGAUCAGCAACCAAAUCGGACCAGUGGAGACAAGCUCCGGAGAAGUAUGCCUAAUCUAGCUCGGAUGCCAAGUACAACCGCUGUCACCAGUAAUGCCAUCUCUCCAGUCACCGUGAGAAAUAGUCAGAGUUUUGACUCGAGCUUGCAUGGAGCUGGGAACGGGAUUUCGAGAAUACAGUCUUGCAUUCCCUCCCCAGGACAGCUCCAGCACAGAAUCCACAGCGUGGGACAUUUCCCAGUGUCUGUGCGGCAGCCGCUGAAAGCCACGGCCUACGUGAGCCCCACCGUGCAGGGCGGCGGCGGCAGCACGCCUCUGUCCAACGGCCUCCAGCUGUACUCCAGCUCCGGCAUCCCCACACCAAACAAAGCUGCCCCAGCCGGGAGCGUGGGCCGCAGCGCCCUGCCCAGACCUUCACUGGCAAUAAACGGGAGCAACCUGCCUCGAAGCAAAAUUGCACAGCCUGUUAGAAGCUUCCUUCAGCCUCCAAAGCCUCUGUCUUCGCUCAGCGCUCUGAGGGAUGGGAGCUGGAGAGACGGUUGCUACUGAUGCGGUUCGACGUGCCCCUGGAGCACGGGAAAGGAGUGGAAAUGAGGGUCGAGUUACCUAGCUGGCUAGGUAACCGUGAACGUCGGGAUAUUCUUUCCCAUCUGCAUUUUAACAUAUUGACUGCAUUGUUUUUCAACGGACCAAGCGCCAGAGACUAAUGAUUGCACUUAAAUAUUUGCCUGAGAGAAUACCGCACCGGUCUGGGAGCCGUGGUCGUGGUAUUGUGACACUUAGAUCUAGGGGGUUUUUGUAGAACUGCUAUGUACCUGAACACUUUUCGAGGGGAUUGAGAUGUAUCAAUAAUACUU